AUGACAUCGACUGACACAUAUCAGUUAAAAUGGCAUUCUCACAGCUCCCAUUUAAAUGGUUCCGUAGCAUCGUUGCUACGCUCAGAGCGAUUUACGGAUGUGGUCCUUUGCACUAUGGAUGGGUCUCAGAUACCGGCCCACAAGUUCAUCCUCAGUUCAUGCAGCGUCUACUUCAGCGGUCUUUUCGAAGGACAACGUUCUCUGACGCGUAUGGGGGGAAUACUAUACGUAGUACUGCCGUCGGAGAUAUCCACAAAAGUCUUGAAGAUUCUCGUAGAGUACAUGUACAAAGGUGAAACCACAGUCUCUAAUGAAGUGUUAGACAUAGUAUUAAAAGCAGGAGAAGUGCUCAAAAUUAGGGGGUUAUUGCGUCAGACAGAUGAGAUUGGAGGUGAUUCUACACCUGCUGAGAAGACCACUACUAGCCCAUCAUCUGCAAAGUUGGUUGUAGCUAGGAUUGUAAAAAGUAAUGUUGUAGAAAAGAAAUAUGGAAAGAAACAAAAGAUGGAGACUUCGGAAGAAGUUGAGGAUGAUGAUGCCGGCUCUGUUAGUUCAAAAAAAUCAAGUCAAAGUAACUCGGCUGUGGAAGUCCAUGUAAAAGAAGAGCCAGAAUGGGAUGCAAGCAGCAUUAAGGAAGAAGAGAGAUCCAUCGCAGAGAUGUUCCAAGCCGAGAUGAGUGUCAAGUCGGAGCCAUGUGAUGAUGUAGAAGUUGAAGAAGAGGGACUGCUCUACAGUCCAUUGUCAUGUGAGCUAUGCGCUGAAGUGUUCUCGGUGCCGGCUGCAUGGGUCAGGCAUGUGCAGCAUCAUGCGGACCAAGAUGAUCAUCAUGCUCGGAAGAGAAAACGGAGAUCAGAUAGCGACGACACAGAAGAAACGACAGCUUUACUCCGCUGUGACCUUUGUCAGAAACAUUUCCCGAACCCAGCGGAAUGGGUGAGACACGUACAAAGCUCGCACACGGAGACAGAAUUGGCCUUAUCAAACAACAGUGAACCACCAAAACGUCACAAUUGUUUCACAGACGGCGAGCAAAGCAAGAAAUGCGAACAAUGCAACAGGAACUUCCCGUCGCAUGCCUCCAUGCUCAUACACUUGCGCACGCACACGGAUAGAUUGAAGAUACUGGAAAAGCUUUUACCUGAUCCUAAUGAAGUCAAUCAACAUAAUGUUUUGGAAGUGAAACACGAACUCAUCAAAAUAGAAAAGACCCAAGCGAGACAGAAGAAGGUAGGAAGAAAGAAACCACUGAAGUGGCCCGAAAAGAAUGCAAGGGCUGCAAAGCCCAGAAGAAGAGAGUGCAAACAAUGUAUGAAUGUCAGCAAUGUGAAGGUUCUCCAGGCUUCUGUACAAAAUGUUUUUGUCGGGCACACUCCUAAGUUUUUGUAG